AGAAGAAGGUCGGUGUUGCUUUGAUUGUAUGCCAUUAUUUAACUCCCAUUCUUAGGCGGUUACUGCAUCGGCCAUACUCGAAGAUGACCGCUUUAAACGAUUGUUUAAUGACGAAGACUUCGAGGUUUUUCCUCCAGUUACCGGGCGUACCUUAUUUUCCACAAUUUUAUUUACCUGCCCAAAAGUUAGCGGUAGUAACAUGUGCUUUCAGGUAGACGAAGAAAAUGAGCAGUUCAAGCGUAAUAGCUUCGUCCAGCAGAAAGAAAGAUUAGCGAACGUAGCAGUUUCAACGGAGGAUGGAGAUCAGCCUGACUCUGAAGAAGACGAUAAACCGCAAGCUGAACUGCCAACAAUGGAUGAUGCCGACGGAAGUUAUAACGUAGUAGAGCGUUCCAGUAGUGAAAGUGACAGUGAAGUCGACGAGGACUCUCUUUCGAUUAAAAAGAAGUUAGCAAAGGAAAAAGUUCGUCGAAAACAAGAACAACGAGAACGUCAUUAUCAGCAAUAUGAGGAAAAGCUGUUACAAAGAGAGGCAGAACGGUAA